AUGGUGGUGGUGAUCAACGGAGAAAUCCUUCCAGACAAUGACCCGCGGGCGGUAAGUGCUCGCGAGCAGCGCGCACGCGACCGCGAGCGGCCACCAGGGCGGGCUCCCUCCUCGGCAGCGAGCGGAUCUGCUUCUCCACGCGGGGGCGUGUCCGCGCGUCUCCCGUUCUCAAGCUACUUUUCUGGCGCUGCGCGAUCGGCGCAGAGCGUGUUGGGUCUUGAGAGCGGGCGGACCGUGACUCUUCCCGCGGUGGGGUUCCUCGGCAAACCUGCUAUCGACGUUCCGGUGUAUGUCCUCGUCGUCGCGGCCUUACUGGUGGCGCUUCUUGGGGUUCAGGGCGCCGUGUUUGUCGCGCUUAUUUAUCUUUUUUACACGCCGUGGACGCACGAUGGAAGUCGAGACUCAAGCGCUGCCUCACACGCCCCGGCGCAGCGACCCAGUGGAACGCCUUCGCCGCAGGCGAGCGCGUCAGCGAGUGGGCACCGCAGGCAGGUGCUUGGAGCUGCUGAGAAGGAGGCGCGCAUGCAGCGGCUCAUGCAGCAGCAGAGCGCGAAGGCCACAGCCUCUCGCAACGACCCGCGGCCGGCACAAUGA